AGCUUACAGACGCAUCUCCACACGCGCGCAGUUUCCCUCAGUCCCAACCUGAGAGGGGAAUCCUGAAAGAUAGUGUUGCUUUUUUGUUACUCUGGAAAUGGAAGUCUGCGGGUGCUGUCAUUAAGAUAAUGCUUCAAGAUGAAAAGUCAAGUGAAGGAAAAAAGCGAGAGAGUUGAUCGUGACCUCGGAGAAAAAAAAGCGCAUGUUUCCAAAACUGCAUGAAUUCCGCGGGAGGCGCGCAUCACACCACCGGGUACCGGAGAGGAUAACAAGGCGCACAGAGGCGCACGGACAUCAGCUCUCCCUCAUUCAACAUGGACGGCUACUACAAUUGGACGUCGACAUCUGAUAAUGGCAGCACGUCUUCCUCCCAGCCCUACCCCACUUACCCCAACUACCCUACCGACAACAUCUCAGAGGUGGCUGCGCCUAUGCCCUUUAGCGUGGUCACUGCAGUCGUCUACACCAUCGUCUUCAUUGUGGGUCUUCUGGGUAACACGUUGGUCAUCUAUGUGGUGGUUCGCUACACCAAGAUGAAGACUGUGACCAACAUGUACAUCCUUAAUUUAGCCUUGGCAGAUGAACUCUACAUCCUGGGAAUUCCCUUCCUAGGCACCAACAGUGCACUUUCCUACUGGCCUUAUGGGGAUUUCUUCUGCAAGGUGUGCAUGACUGCUGAUGCCAUGAGCCAGUUCUCGUCCACCUUUUGUCUGACGGUGAUGAGCAUUGAUCGGUAUCUGGCUGUGGUUCAUCCCAUUCGCAGCUCUAAGUGGAGGAAGCCACAGGUGGCCAAGGUUUUCAAUGGCAUGGUGUGGGUCGUGUCCUUUCUGAUUGUGCUGCCAGUCACGAUCUACUCCCACGUACAGGUGGAGCUCAACACCUGCAACAUAACCUGGCCUGAGCCUCAUGAAUUGUGGUCGAUUGUCUUCAUCCUUUACACAUCCAUCCUGGGCUUCUUUGGUCCUCUGGUUGUCAUCUGCCUCUGCUACCUGCUCAUUGUGGUCAAGGUGAGGUCAGCAGGUGUGCGUGCAGGACUGACUAAGAGACGCAAGUCGGAGCGUAAGGUGACGCGCAUGGUCGUGAUCAUCGUGUUGGUGUUUGUGUUUUGUUGGCUGCCUUUCUUCACUACCAACAUUGUCAACCUGAUUCAUAUCAUUCCUGAGAGCAACACCACCGCUGCAGUCUACUUCUUCCUGGUCAUCCUCACCUACGUCAACUCCUGCGCCAACCCUAUCCUCUACGGCUUCCUCUCUGACAACUUCAAGCAGAGCUUCCAGAAGGUUCUCUGCUUCCACAAACCAAAUGGUGUUGGUACGACCGGCCAGGUGGGAGGUAGACAGACUUCCCCCAAGGAAAACCACAAUCCUGUGUUCUCACCCAGAAAUCCCACACAGAAUGGAAAAACACAGCAGCCUGUCCAGAUGGAGGUAAUUGGAGAUGCUGACAAUGAGCCUUUAACUUUGAAAACAGAGGUGAAUGGCCAGCCGUCACUAUGAGUUUUCAAGCUGACUCACCAUUUAUUUGAGCACUACAAUAUGGGACUGGGGCUAUUUUCUUCUGGAACUUUCAUUGAUUGGAAUUUUCCGUGUUUUUCGAUGAUCCCCCUCCUAUCACCGGGACAAUUGUGGACAGGACCAGAGGAGCACAGUAGGAGAGACAAUGGGCAGCAUUCAUUACAGAUGUCUGGAUUUAUUUUUUCUCUUUAUGUCUUUGUACUUUGUAAACUGGCUGUGCUGUGCAAAUCAUUAGUUUAUGUAAGGAUGCAACAUCUCAGUACAAUACAGUUUUAAGACUUUAAAAUGCUGUAAAUUCUCAAAUUCAUUUACCUUAACUGCAGAGAUAAUCACUUUUAUUUUCAACCAUGCUUAUAUUGGAAACAGCUUUUUUCCCUCCAAUAAAGGUUUUAUAUUUCAUCAUAUUUUAGCAAGAAACCUUGUUUUCUGAUCAGCUUCUGCUUAAUUUGCUGCUGAUGCAUUUCGCUAUCAAUGCAAACUCAUCACUUCCUCUAUUUGUAUCUGUUCUCUUGAUAAAUUCAGUAAAAUGUACAUUUUUACAGCCUACAUAUCUCUGCCUGUUUUUCACCAGGUCUUUAUGGGUAAUCAGGAUAUUAUUUGAAUCUCUUUUUUUUUAUGUAAUAUGUGCUGCUUUAGUGAGCACUGUUGUGUUAAUGUCGGUUAACCAUAAAGCAGGUUGAAAAAUUGUUUAUAGUAUUAUGUUUCUUUUGGCUUGUUAGUUUUGGCUUUUGGUGACAUUUUGAUUUCAGUGUUACAAAGCUGUGAAAAAUGCCGUGAAUUAGCUCAGCCGUGUGUUGUGCAUUUAUCUCUUCUCUGACAAAACAGCAUCUGCUGGAGUGGAAGACAUGGUGAAGUUAAGUCGUCAUCGUUUAGUUGUCGGACUAUGAACUGUGACAUUUGAUGACAACGUUAUUGGGAAGUUCUUGGACGACACUGUAGAAUCUCCUUAGCUGUAACUUGAUGUUUUGACGAUGUUUAUGGUUGAGUUUGAACUUAUUUGAAAAAAUACUCAGUAAGAUAGACCUGUGGAAACAUGGAUACCUUACAGGAGACAACUGUUUUGUGUAGCCUAUUAAAACACUGUGAAUUUUAAAAUAGUGGGUCAUUCUAAAUAUGGAUAUAGAGUUCCAUGACAAAAUUUUAAAAAAUGCUAACUUAGUCACUCUGUUAAAGAAGCCAUUAUGAAUAUUAAGUCUGUUUUGCAUGUUCAACCUGCAUUGAUGCUUAGCCCAGUCACCAGAAGAAAAUGUUGGUCUUGUACAUUUCUGCACGGAUGCCAUUACAUUUGCACGUUUCAUACCUAUCCAUACCUAUCAUAUCAACGUGUACACAAUAUAUGUGCUGAAUUUGUCAUCGGAAGGUGGAGGGAACAGCGGAUGGCACGACGCCUAGAAAACAGACGACGAGCUGAAGGACACCGCAGGAACCACUGUUUGAAACCAAGAAACACCAGCCCAAACAUGUCCAAGCCAAAACAUGAUCUUCACCUAAUCAUAAUCAAUUUGUGUUUGUGCCUAAAUGUAACCAAACGUGAACUACAGUGUUUUUGAGAGGUGUUAAGUUUCAGCAUAUCUACUACAUAAUAACAUACAAAUGCAGCACGGUUUGCAGACAUUCAAUGGCAGCACGUUUUUUUGGUGAUUGGGUUGCAAAGCUACGAAUUACAAUGCAGGGCUGCUGACAUGAGCCUGCAUGAAACAAAGCUCUUGUACAUCUAAUCCCAUGAAUGAAUAGUUGAUGUUUCUAUUCGCUGUGAUUUAUCAAUACUAUAGCAGGAUUAUUUUUCAGAGUAAAGCACUUUAUCGUUAUUUCCUGUCGAAACAGAACAAUGGCAGCUUUAGGUUUGAAUGUUUAUGUCAAUAUAAAUCCCUUUAGUUUCAUUUUUGGGGAUUUGUUUAGUUAAAAUAGUUUCACUGCAGAAGCAGUCAACGAGAAGCAGAAUCUUUUUUUCCCAGUUCAUUUGGACAGAUUUAAAUGUAUUAUAUGAUACGACUUUAGAACAAUGGCUUGGGGAAAAAAAAAAGAUUCACAUUAAAAUCUAAUCAGCAAAAUGAGGUUUCCCUGUGAGCUGACUUUUUAUUUGUUGUUUAUGGUGGUGGGUUAUUGAAUCUUCAGUCUGAAAUGUUUUGUUUGUUCCCAGAUUAAUGAUCUAGCAACCAUUUCACCGUUUCUUUAAUAAAUGCAAUUGUAUAAAAAAAA